AGGUGCCUGCCUCCUUUGGAGAGUUGUCCCGGAGCAGACAGUAUGGAGGCGGAACCCUCCCAGCCUCCCAACGGCAGCUGGCCCCUGAGUCCGAACGAGAGUGAUGCUGAAACCGCCCCGGUGGCCAGCCUCACCUUCUCCUCCUACUACCAGCACUCCUCUCCGGUGGCCGCCCUGUUCAUCGCAGCCUACGCGCUCAUCUUCCUCCUCUGCAUGGUGGGCAACACCCUGGUCUGCUUCAUUGUGCUCAAGAACCGGCACAUGCGCACUGUCACCAACAUGUUCAUCCUCAACCUGGCCGUCAGCGACCUGCUGGUGGGCAUCUUCUGCAUGCCCACAACCCUCGUGGACAACCUUAUCACCGGUUGGCCUUUUGACAAUGCCACAUGCAAGAUGAGCGGCUUGGUACAGGGCAUGUCCGUGUCUGCAUCGGUUUUCACGCUGGUGGCCAUUGCCGUGGAGAGGUUCCGCUGCAUCGUGCACCCUUUCCGUGAGAAGCUGACCCUCCGGAAGGCGCUGCUCACGAUCGCGGUGAUCUGGGCGCUGGCGCUGCUCAUCAUGUGUCCCUCGGCAGUCACUCUGACCGUCACGCGAGAGGAGCAUCACUUCAUGCUGGAUGCUCGCAACCGCUCCUAUCCUCUCUACUCGUGCUGGGAGGCCUGGCCCGAGAAGGGCAUGCGCAAGGUCUACACCGCCGUGCUCUUCGCGCACAUCUACCUGGCGCCGCUGGCGCUCAUCGUGGUGAUGUACGCGCGCAUCGCGCGCAAGCUGUGCCAGGCCCCCGGUCCAGCGCGCGAUGCGGAGGAGGCGGUGGCCGAGGGUGGCCGCGCGUCGCGCCGCAGGGCCCGCGUGGUGCAUAUGCUGGUCAUGGUGGCGCUCUUCUUCACCUUGUCCUGGCUGCCACUCUGGGUGCUGCUGCUGCUCAUCGACUACGGGGAGCUGAGCGAGCUGCAGCUGCACCUGCUGUCCGUCUACGCCUUCCCGUUGGCACACUGGCUGGCCUUCUUCCACAGCAGCGCCAACCCCAUCAUCUACGGCUACUUCAACGAGAACUUCCGCCGCGGCUUCCAGGCUGCCUUCCGGGCACAGCUCUGCUGGCUUCCCUGGGCCGCCCACAAGCAAGCCUACUCCGAGCGGCCUGGCCGCCUCCUGCGCAGGCGGGUGGUGGUGGACGUGCAACCCAGCGACUCGGGGCUGCCAUCGGAGUCUGGCCCCAGCAGCGGGGUCCCAGGGCCUAGCCGGCUGCCAUUGCGCAGUGGGCGUGUGGCCCACCAGGAUGGCCCGAGGGAAGGUCCUGGCUGCAACCACAUGCCCCUUACCAUCCCAGCCUGGAACAUUUGAGGUGGUCCAGAGAGGGAAGGUCCUGUAGGCCUGUGGCCCUGACCCUUUACUAU